AUGGAGUUUAUUAAUGCUGAGCUGAAAUGCGCCGAGGAAGCAUCUCACCAACUAGCUGGCAAAUGCAACUGUUCAAUUAAAACAAUAUACGGAUUGCCUUGCAAGCAUGAUCUUGCACAUUAUCGGUUCCUUUCCAUUCCAAUUCCAAUACAGAGUAUCAACGCUCAUUGGAGGAGGUUGUCUAUGAACGGUCAUGAAUACCAUGACGACGGAGCACGAGCUAACAGGACAUCUAAAAUCGAUUUUAAUAUUGCGGAUCCAUCUCAAAGUACAGUUCGAGCCCCUUCGUACAAUACAGAACAUAGAGGUCGACCUACAGGAAAAGAUGAGCAGAGCAAACGUCGCAUACCUUUUUUUGUUGAUAUAUCCACUUCAAGUUCUAGGGCCACUCAAACGAAUGCAACGUCUCGAAAGAGAGGACGUGGGAGGGGGUCGGGGGUUCGCAAUACUCUGUCGACCCAUGAUCACCCUCCCGUUUCACCCUUCCGUGAUACCUACAUUGAGAAAUUACCUACGGUUAUGCAGCCUUAUAUUUCUCAUAUUGUUGACGUUGAACCUGACGGUCACUGUGGAUUUAGGGCGAUAGCCGCACUAAUCGGAUAUGGUGAAGAAGGUUGGAUUCAAGUACGAUAUGAUCUUAUGGAGGAGAUUCAACAAAAUAAGCGUCAAUAUGAUCAACUUUAUCCAGAUCGGGAAAUGGCAGAUAAUCUAUUAGUUUUAUUAAAAUAUUUCGAGCAACCGGCACCUGAGAGGUCCCCUCCAGUUCCAGACCUAGAGCGCCGAGAAAUAGCUAUCGCCCUUGUUGGCCAACACUUUGUGCAAGUUUUUUUACACCCUCAUUAUCCUGUACCACCCUUUCCAAUGUGGUGGUGUAAUCAUUCAUCUGACGAAGCUAAAGGAUGGGCAACUAGUUAUAUAACACGUGCUAAUUUGUGGUACGAAAUAACGGGUACAGGACCUAACGGCGGUGCUGAAUUUGGAGGAAAUAUCGAUUAG